AUGUCGGAUUACGAGGUAACCCUCGUCAACGACAACAUGCGCGAGUUCUACGUCCGCUUCUAUGGUCCGGGAGAAACACCCUUCGCGGGUGGUAUAUGGAAGAUUCAUGUAGAGUUGCAAGCGGAGUAUCCAUACAAGUCGCCAAGCAUAGGCUUUAUGAACAAGAUCUUUCAUCCCAACAUAGAUGAGUUGAGUGGCUCCGUAUGUCUGGACGUUAUUAAUCAGACGUGGUCGCCAAUGUUCGAUAUGAUCAACAUUUUCGAGGUGUUCUUGCCACAACUGCUGCGGUAUCCUAAUCCUAACGAUCCACUAAACGGAGAAGCUGCUGCGCUCAUGAUGCGACACCCAAAGGAAUACGAGGCCAAGGUCAAGGGUAAGAUCAUUUCCUCCUAUCGUCGCCAAGAAUAUAACGCCCAUUCCUGCUCAGAAUACGUACAACGUUUCGCAACAAAGGAUAUUAUGGAUGCCGCAGAAGACGGCAAUGAGGACGAAGCAGACGAGGAGAUGAGCGACAUCGGCAGCAUCAGUGAGGAUGAAGAGCAAGAAUCCUGA